UAUCAUAAUUUUAUUGAUUCUCUAAUUCUACCUUGAUGUAGCAAUAGAAUAACACACAACUAUACAGAAUAUAAAAAUAUAUAUUAUGAUGACUGUCAAAAUUGCAAUUGUUAUAAACAAAUUGUAAUAAUUCACCAUUGUAAUUGAUAACGAUACAUUAAAGCUGUAUUGGGUGGGUAUGAGUAUCCUCGUCGGCCAUUUUGUUGUGUUACGUUCACAGAGUGCACCAUAUACAAGAUGGCGUCGAUUGGUUAACCGCCGAGCGCACGCUGCCCGCCGUCAUCCGCUAUCAACCCGAAUCAUUCGAGCUUGCCGUUCGCAGAGUACAAAUCGUCGCGUACGUCGUCUCCUGCAAACCAUCGCGCUUCGCUAAAUCAUCAAAUUCCACCCGCGUCGCAGUACACAACGAUAAAAAUCACGUUUUCUUGUGCGUUAUUACAAGGUGUGCGUGCACCAUAGCACGGCCCAACGCCACCAGGCUGCCUAAGUACGGUUUAGUGUAACUCCAUAACGCUCAUUGCAAUCGUUGCGUCCAGCAAUGGUAAUAACGAAGUGAAUGUAAUCAUCACAAGACAAGAUCGUCGCAGAGGACAUGGUAUUUGCUGCACAGUGGUUGAAACAUGGAGCCUGUUAACUUUCUGCAGUCGAGUGCACUGAAAAUCAAUCAGGAAUAUGUUCGACAUGAUGAAAAGGAAGAAGUCAUGGGUGUUCAGGAUGGUUUAACAUUCAAUGAUUUUGCAUCACAUGCUAAAUAUGAAGUUGGCAAUGAACACGUGGUUGCUGUAGGAGUAGAAAUAGCCAAGACUGAAAAAAUAGUUGACACUAUUGAUGAUGAUGCUGAAGCUGCCACAAAUAGUGUUGUAGUAGAUAGUGCCGUAGUUACCAAGCAAUUAAAUCCAACACAGGAGGAGGAAUCUGCAGAUGUUGUUUCUGAAAAUGUUUCUGAAGAAAUUGUUGAUGAAGCAGAGACACAAAUAGAUUCUGAGGAGUAUGACACAACUGUACAAGAAUAUAUGGGAACAACAGAUGAUACUAAUGAAGAAAUGCAAGGUGUUCAAAUAUUUGUUCAAGAAGUAAUUGAAGAUUCACCUCCAAAUAUUGAAAUACAAGAGGCUGUACCAGAUGAAAUUGAUAAAGAACACUCAACAGCAAGUACACUAGAAUAUAUUGCUACAGAUGUAGAAGCAUGUGAAGAAAUUCAAGUAAAUUGUAAGAAAGAUGCAUUAAAUUCUCCAGAAGAAGAGACAUUGAUGCUUGUAGUAGAAGAAGAAAUUGAAGAAGCAUGUCUUGUAGGAGAAAUGGAUAAACCACCUUUGCUUCAAGAGGAGGUGUCUACAUCUGACGUUAAUUCAACUGAAGAUAAAGAAUUACCUAAAUUGAUUCCAAUCCAAUCGAUUCAACAUAAGAAUGAGUUACCUUCUGAGAUGCCAUUUUACGACCAAUCACAAAACAUAGUCGACUGCAGUGGUUGA